UAUAUUUUACUAUAUUUAGAAAGUGAUUUAAUCAUAAGCAAAACUUAGAUCAUCGCAAACCUUACUAACAUUAUGUUUUGACAUAUUUGUUAAAAUCUGCGGAAAUAUUUGCUGUCUUCAGUAUCAACGUCUUGAAAGAAAAAGAUCAUAUCUUCUGUAAGGCACCUGCUACUAAAAUAUCCACUUCCGAAAUGGCGUGUUCGUCUGUCGUUGAAGAAGAGAAGAACUGUAAACUAACGUACUUCUUCCGAGAUUUACUGAACAAUAAGAUUAAGUUUCAAAUACCCCCGGAUGAAACAAAAGACAUUGUUCUUGCUGUAGAGACACUUGUACAUGACAUUGUUUUGCGAGUGGCAAAUAAUGUAAAAUGGUUAGGUCCAUAUGACAAACUCCGAAUACUUAAAGUUGGAAGCAUGGCAGAAAGAACGAGCAUAGUUAACCCCGAUGAGUUUGAUUUUCUUAUUGUAACUCAUCAGGAUGGGGUGAAAGUUAAACGCGAUUGCAGCGGAAAAGAAAGAGAAGGAUAUGCACAUGUUAAAGUUUUGGAUCAGCGCCUUCGAUCUCUUUGGGAACCUUUUCUUCUCGGGGACUACCUGAAGGGAUCUUUCAGUCAUGAUUUUUUCGGAAAGAUCACUGAAUUAGUUGGUUUUAUUAGAUCAGUUGGAAGGAAAGUGCGGAGAAAAGAUCAUCGUUUUCAGAGCCUUUUUGAUCCUUGUAACGACAGUCUGUCAAACGCAUUUAUGUCAGAGGUCGUAAAAGUCAUUCAAAGUUCAGGAGAUAUAAGAUGCAGCAGAAACACGGGUGCACUACGGGUCGAUAAGGAUGUUGUUAAUCACGGUCCAGCGUUCAUGCAUACAUUUAUAUGGGAAUCAAAAACCCGGAGAAGGCCCGAGACGAUAACUAUUGAUAUGACUUUGGCAAUAGAAGUAAACAUGUCACGACACGGAAAUGUGAUUGCAGAGAAUGAAACAUUUCAUUCAGGAGUAUGGAAAAGGCUCGAAAGACACGGUAGAUAUAUGCUAAUUCCGUGUAAUGAGUCAACGGCAUGUGAUGAUGGCCUUUGCUUUCGUAUAACAUUUACGGAGACAGAGGUCGAGCUUGUCCGAAACCUAAGCGAUCAUCACAAAGAAUGCUACAAGCUUUUGAAAUACAUCUUCAACAGCGGAGGAGGAUAUUCAUAUAUACCGUCUUAUGCAUUCAAAAUGCUUGUGAUAAAGCAUGACUUUAACUGUCGGGAAAACGCAAAUCUGGCAGUUUGCUUUAAAAUCAUCGUAGCGUCUUUGCUGUAUGAAAUUAGCAAGGCUGAAAGGAAAGAACAAAUAGAACCAAGUAGAUUGGUAAGAAUGUUUAUGCCGGGAUGGAAAUUCGGAAUUAACGUAUCCAGUAUUUUCAUUAAAACACAUAACGUUCUUGUUGGCAAAGAUUUCAAAUUUACACGUGAACAGUUUGUUUCUUCAAUAGAGAGAAUGUUAGAAUCUUUAGAAGAGAUCAAUAAACAGGAGAAACCUGAUUACUCGGUUCUGAAUAUUGUAAACGGCCAUAAAACAGGAGCUCAAGCAUAUGCAAAUCUAAUGGUACCAUUUAUGAACAAACAUUUCAGACUUGUUCAAAAUUGCCUUGAAAAUUACUUCAGGCAAUACAGAGGAAGACAUUAUAUGAAAAAUCAUCGAACUGGUUUCGAUCAAAACAUGUAUAGCAUUUAACUGCCCAGCCAUAUGGUUUCACAUUAUAUAUUAUGUAGGCAAUACUAGCUUGCAUUAUCUUUUUAACAUGUUUUUUUCUUGUUGUGGAUAACCUGAAAGGUUGUAAUUUAUUGACAUUUUUAGUCAUUCAAAGGGCGUAGUAAUACAUGCAUAAUUGCACUUUGUUCAGAAAAUUUGAUUAUUUUUCUAUAUUAAGAAUAAGUCACAAGAUGCAUUGUUCAUUUUAUUUGAUGAAAAUAUCAGUCACUGUGUCUGUUUUAGCACUUUAAUUUGAAACCUUGAUAAAGUGUGAUUCUUCGGAAGCAUUAAACACAACAAAAUUACAUGAAAAUUGCAGACUCGGGUUGUUUAGUCUGUACAUAAAGGAUAAUGAAAACAUGCAACAUCCCUCAUUUAUAGACCUAUCAUAGUUUAUCUUAACAAAAUUAUCUACUUUAUUGAGUUUGUAAAGCCCGGUACCUAAUAUAGAUCUGUGUUAGCCUCAAAUUGAUAUGGAUGCAAAUUUAUUUAUUAUACAUAAUCACAGCAAUGAUAAUAUUUUAGUCGUGCAUUUUUACCGUACAUUAAACCUUUAAAGCAGCACAAAUUCAGAUUUCUGUUAUUUGUAUGAAAACACGAAGCUGAUUUAAUGUGUAAAAACUAAAAAUACAGUAAAGUGUAACAUUUUACCCAUUUCACCAUUGGAAUGAUCGAAUCUGUUUAACAAAAAACACAUAAACCAUAAAUCAUUGAUUUGUAUUAGUGUUAAUAUGAAAUAGUAUAAUAACUAGAUCUAAAUCUGAUGCGGCGAUAUUGUCAUACAAAAACGGUUUGGCAGAAAAUAACCGAGCGUUCAAAAAUAUAACACUUAAUACAUGUUAUAUAUCAGAUAACAAUUGGAGACGCAAGGGUUCCGCAUGAUAUACUAAUUGAACGUUUAUCUUCACAUUUCAUAUAAUAUGUCGAUAAACAGAUUAUUAUGUUUUAUAUAAUUGGUAGAUGUUGACGGUUUUGUGCAUUUUUACUGUUUCUAGAAGAUAAAUGAGCCGCGCCAUGACAAAACCAACGUAAUGCGUUUGCGACCAGCAUGGAUCCAGACCAGCCUGCGCAUCCGCGCAGUCUGCUCAGGAUCCAUGUUGUUCGCUAUCAGUUUCUCAACUUGAUUGUAAGCGAACAGCAUGGAUCCUGAUCAGACUGU